CAAAAACCCUCUGCUCCGGCGCAGCCCAAAACCCCUCAAUCGUACGGAACUGCGAAAAAUGUGCGCUGUGGUCAGUCCGGAAAACUAUGAAGACUUCGUGAAGCUGCACGGAGUUCUUUUGGCGGCGUCGGGGCUGCCGCAGCCAUUGCAUCGAAGGCUCUACCAGAAGCUCAGGGCUGAGACUUUCGACGGUGGGAAUUAUUUCCAGGUGGAACCAGUGGAGGAUGGCAGGCAAAGGAGGCUUGUAUUCACAGCUGAUUUUUUAGGGAAGGAUUCUGAUGUGUUUUUGGUCGACCAUGCCUGGAGUUUUCGCCUCGCCGAUGCUUACAAGCAGUUGCAGGAGGUUCCUGGCUUGGUGGAAAGGAUGGCUUCGUUAAUGUGUGUGGAUAUUGAUUUGAAUUCGGAGGUGGAGGAAACGGGUGAUGAAGAUGAUGCUAAACUAAGUGCGACAAAAAUAGUUGAAAGAGAGUACUGUAAAGUCAAAGAAAAAGGCAUCCAUUCUGUCAGGUGGCUGGAGCUUGAGGAUCUUGAAAUUGAUGAUGCUAUGCUGGUUUCUCUUGAUUUGCCCAGUAAAUUUCCCAACUUGCUUGCACUAAGCCUCCUUGGAAACAAGCUCAAGAACCCAGAAACUGUCUUAAAGGUGGUAACUCAUUUCCAAUCGCUCAGAGCUCUAUGGCUGAACUAUAAUCCAGUCACAGACACUGGGGAUAAGUACUUGGAAGAUGCAAUUCUGCAAAAUUGCCCUGAACUGGAAAUCUACAAUUCUCGUUUCACUCCCAAGUAUGGUAAGUGGGCCUUAGGAUUUUGUGGAGGAUUAUAUGACGAAGAUAAUCCUGGAGGAGAUUCUUGCCACGAGGAUCAUCCUUUGCAAGGCAUCACGUCCAUUGACCUGUCAAAUAGGUGCAUUCACAGUAUCAUUACUGAGGCCUUUUCUCCAUCGGAAUUAUCCAAUCUGUCCUCCUUAAAUCUUCGUGGAAAUCCAUUGGACAAAAUGUCAGUUGAUGAACUAUUAAAAUAUCUUAAAGAAUUCACCAACUUAACAUCACUGGAGGUGGAUAUUCCUGGACCUCUUGGGGAGAAUGCUGUUAGUAUUAUUGAAGCUCUGCCCCAACUUUCUCUGUUGAAUGGCAUUGGUACUUCAAAAAUAUUGGAAUCAGGGAGGUGUGCUGUUGAUUCAAUGCUAAAACCUCGACUCCCUGUAUUAAAUGCUGGAGAAUCUCUCACUGAUCGUGUUAUUAAUGCAAUGUGGUUGUACUUGAUGACUUACCGUCUUGCAAAUGAAGAGAAGAUUGAUGAAAACCCUGUCUGGUAUGUAAUGGAUGAAUUAGGUUCAGCAUUGCGGCACAGCGAUGAAGCCAAUUUCAGAGUUUCUCCUUUCCUAUACAUGCCUGAGGGUAAACUGGAGUCAGCUGUGAGUUAUUCAAUCCUUUGGCCUACAAAAAAUAUUCAAAGUGGUGAUGAGUGCACUAGGGAUUACCUAUUUGGCAUCGAUGAGGAGAAGCAGCGAUCUGCUAGGCUUACAGCCUGGUUCUUUACACCCCAACAUUAUUUUAUAAGUGAGUAUGAAAAAUACAGUUUGAAAUUACACUCCAAAAAAUUUUCUCCACCACCAGAGGUGGAACCUACAACCAAGAGUCUGCUGCAUAGUGGUCGGAGUGUGUUGCAAGUUUAUACUGAUGUACCCCAAGUGGAGGAAUAUCUGACACGUCCAGAAUUUGUAAUCACAACUGAGCCAAAGAAUGCAGAUAUAGUGUGGACCAGUAUGCAAGUGGAUGAGGAGACGAAGAAGACAGUUGGACUAAAUGAUCAGCAAUACAUAAAUCAAUUUCCCUAUGAAGCUUGCCUAGUUAUGAAGCAUCACCUGGCUGAAACUGCUCAGAAGGCUCAUGGUGCGCCGCAGUGGCUCCAACCAACAUAUAACCUUGAAACUCAUCUUACUCAACUUGUGGGAGACUACUUCACACGUGAAAGGGAUGGUGUCGACAACCUGUGGAUCUUAAAACCAUGGAACAUGGCAAGAACUAUCGAUACAAAUGUUACUCAAAAUUUGUCAGCCAUCAUUCGUCUCAUGGAGACUGGUCCAAAAAUAUGUCAGAAGUAUAUUGAACACCCUGCACUAUUCAAAGGAAGAAAGUUUGAUCUUCGUUACAUUGUUCUGGUCCGCAGCAUGAAUCCGUUGGAGUUAUUCCUCACAGAUGUUUUCUGGGUGAGGCUGGCCAACAACCCAUACACUUUGGAGAAGCACAGUUUCUUUGAAUAUGAGACACAUUUCACAGUUAUGAAUUACAGGGGAACAAUAAAUCACAUGAACACACCAGAGUUUGUUAAAGAAUUUGAGAAAGAGCAUCAUGUUCAAUGGUUGGAUAUCCAUCAGAGAGUUAAACAGAUGAUCAAAUCCGUCUUCGAGUCAGCUGCUGCAGUGCAUCCAGAAAUGCAUAGUCCGACAUCAAGAGCCAUGUAUGGCGUUGAUGUCAUGCUCGACAGUCAUUUCCAGCCUAAACUUCUUGAGGUUACAUAUUGCCCUGACUGUAAUCGCGCCUGCAAAUACGACACAGAAGCCAUCACUGGGAAUGGCGGAAUUGUCAAAGGAAGUGACUUUUUUAACACGGUGUUUGGCUGUCUCUUCUUGGACGAGACGGCUCAUGUCUCACCAUUAUAAUUCAACUAAUGGAUAUGUGAGUGGAUUUUUCUCUAGAACUUGUAACUACACUGAAAAUUUACAGACUUUUGGCUAUUAGAACUUCCAAUUUUGAUUU